UCAGACGCGCAUCCGCUUUCGGAAGCAGAUCUUUCCAGCUCAUUUCCUUUUUUCAUCUCCAACAUUUGCACACUGGUCGUGGAGCUUACACUUCUCCAUACUAAACCCUUUAACACCCGGAAACUGUGAGAGGACUGCAGCCAUGCGGGUGCUUCUGUUGUUCGCCGUGACUGUGCUGUCCCUGAGCCCGGCGGCGGUGAGUGGAGCCGAGAAGAAGAAGCUGCAGAUCGGCAUCAAGAAGCGAGUGGACAACUGCCCCAUCAAGUCCCGCAAGGGAGACGUGUUGAACAUGCACUACACGGGCAAGCUAGAGGACGGAACCGAGUUCGACAGCAGCAUUCCCCGCGACAGGCCUUUCACCUUCACCCUGGGCACUGGCCAAGUGAUCAAAGGCUGGGACCAGGGUCUGCUGGGCAUGUGCGAGGGCGAGAAGAGGAAGCUGGUCAUCCCCGCCGAGCUGGGCUACGGAGACCGGGGAGCCCCUCCGAAGAUCCCCGGAGGAGCGACGCUCAUCUUCGAAGUGGAGCUGCUCAGCAUCGAGAGAAGAUCCGACCUUUGAUGAAGAUGAGAUUGCAAGGCAGGCACUUUCCAAAACGUUCCAGGAGCUGCUGCAGCAUUAAGUAGAGAUCCUCUGACCUCUGAUGACGACCACAUUGCAAAUCUGAGAGAAGAGUUGGCAACCCAACGGCAAAGCCACUGUCCUCCUUUCAGUGGCUUUGUUUAUUGUGCUCUGAUUUAUAGGACUGAAGUUAUUAUGACAUACAAAACUGUAUGUCCUUACUAAACGUUAGUAGAAUUGAUGGUGAGCAGCUAAGCCCAGUAUCUGGCUGUGGGCUGAUGGUAAAAGGCAUGCCCUGCCAUUUCAUCUCAUUUAUGGUUUUAAUGUUCAAAAGUGAGUUCAUUCAUAUGUCUACAUUCUUCUUACAAAAUAAUUUAGGUUGUUAAUUUAGUCAGAAAUCAGAUUAGGGUAAAUGUUACAUGUUUUGUUCACUUUAAAUAUUUGAAUUAUGAUAAUAAAAUGUUGACCUUACAGAAAA